AUGAUCACCAUUGAUGGGCAAAUAGAUAAUAGUUGGUAUAGUGCGCAUGCAACGUUCUACGGUGACAUGUCCGGUGGAGAAACCAUGAAGGGUGCUUGUGGAUAUGGGGAUCUUAACAAGCAAGGGUAUGGCCUCCAGACAGCGGCACUAAGCACUGCACUAUUCAACAAUGGAAGCAGCUGCGGCGCUUGCUUUGAGAUCAUGUGCGUGGAUGAUCCACAAUGGUGUGUACAAAACGCAGGCACGAUCAAAGUCACGGCCACCAAUUUCUGUCCUCCUAACUACAAGAAGCCUGCCGGGAAUUGGUGCAAUCCCCCGCUCAAGCACUUCGACCUGUCGAUGCCCAUGUUCACAAAACUUGCACCAAUGAGAGCUGGGAUUAUUCCAGUCAAGUUUCGCCGAAUCCCAUGCAACAAGAGAGGAGGGGUUAAGUUCGAGAUCAAGGGGAAUCGUUUUUGGUUGCUCGUGUUGUUGUACAACGUUGGGGGUGCCGGCGACGUUGCUAAUGUCAAGAUCAAGGGCUCUGGAGCUAAUCAGUGGAUUCAAAUGACACGCAGCUGGGGCCAAAAUUGGCAGACUGGGGCGGUGUUGGGAGGGCAAAGGUUGUCUUUCCAAGUGACUACCAGUGAUGGGAAAACGUUGCAGUUUGAUGAUGUUGCCCCUGCUAAUUGGCAAUUUGGUCAAAACUUUGAGGCCAAGGCUAACUUUUAG